AUGUCUUUGAAACGUAUCAACAAAGAGUUAUCAGACUUGGGAAGAGAUCCACCAUCAUCAUGCUCAGCUGGUCCAGUAGGCGAUGACUUGUACCACUGGCAAGCUUCCAUAAUGGGACCACCAGACUCGCCAUAUGCCGGAGGUGUGUUCUUUUUAAGUAUCCACUUCCCAACGGAUUACCCCUUCAAACCACCAAAGAUUGCAUUCACUACCAAAAUAUACCAUCCGAAUAUCAACUCCAAUGGUAACAUUUGUUUGGAUAUCUUGAAAGAUCAAUGGUCACCGGCUUUAACCAUUUCAAAGGUGUUGUUAUCCAUCUGUUCCUUGUUGACUGACGCUAAUCCUGAUGAUCCUUUGGUGCCUGAGAUUGCUCACAUUUAUAAACAAGAUAGAAAGAAAUACGAGGCUACUGCCAAAGAGUGGACUAAAAAGUAUGCUGUUUGA